CCUGUUAAAGACUGCAUCGACCGGUCUGUGUAGAAAUUCUGACGGAUACGGACACUCUUGGGAGGACGGAAACUUACAUGCGCAGGUAGGCACGAAAUAGACCUUUUUACGACCUCAACACGACAUCCGGGAGAUCAACGGACCUCUCGAGAGAAGGACGAAGGAGGAGACGCACACGAAAACGAUGGCUGCCCUCGUCAGCAACAUCUCGGGCGGGGAUGAUAUCUCGUCGAUGAUGUUGGGCCGGGGAGGUGGAAUAUCGUUCGAUAUCAGCAUGAUCAGGAGCUACUUGGCUUCCCUCCUCUCGCCAGUGAUGGCGGCGACGAGGACAGACUUGGAAUCUUCCUUGUUUGGAGAUGUGACUUUCGAAGACAAGGCCGAGAGGUUCGCCACGGACGGAUCUCACAUGGUUGCCUACAUCACCAAGGAGAGAAACCAGAGGCCGGAGGAGGAUGAUGAUGGCGAGGAUCAGGGUCAGGAUGGAGAUCACGUAUCAUACACUUAUACGCUCCAUCUCCCUCCCGUCCCAUCCCAUACGCCAUCCCUGAUCUCGACGCUGUCCUUGAUCAAGAAGAAGCCCAUCCUAGAUCCCUCGACCCCCUUGGCUCACCAGCUUCACUUUGUCAUGCUCUCCACUACCAACAAUCAAAGCCUCGUCACUUCAGGGGACAAGGCCGGCGAUGAAGCAGCGGGCGACGACGCCGGGAACGAGAAUACGACGAUCGGGACACCGUACGAGGGACUGCAUAGUCUGGUGCAUUUCGGUGUGACCCCUUGGUUUGACGCGUACAUCAGCUCGAAAAAAGUCGGGGUCAGCUUAGACAGCGCUGGGGGCAAAAAGGCAGGCGAAGCACAGAUGGGUAUCCCGGUGGCCAAGAGGAAAUUCGCUGAGCUUGAGCUAUCGCUUUUGCACCUCCAACAAAACGUCGAAAUUCCCGAGACCCACUUGAUCAUCCACCCUGCCGUCCAGCGUGCCGUCGAGCAGGCUCACGCCUCGGGCAACAGGUUGACGAUCGAUUCCAUUCAGCCGGCUUCGUUGUUGACCGACGAUGCCUUUCUGAACCGCUUGCAGUCGGACGUCAACCUGUGGAUCAAGGAGAUCCAGGCGGUCACCAAGCUGAAUCGGGAUGUAGCCUCGGGAACGGCUUCGCAAGAGGUCAACUUUUGGCUCUCGAUGGAACGAGCCCUGGAGGGUAUCGAAGCGCAGCUCGCAGGCGAAGAAGUCCAGCUCACUUUGAGCGUGCUAAAGAGCGCGAAACGAUUUCACGCGACGACGAGUUUCGUCUCGGACACCGGGCUCAAGGAGGCUACGGAUACCGUUAUCAAGUACAAUGCGUUGAUGAGGGAUUUCCCGCUGAACGAGUUGUUGAGCGCGACCGAGCUGGAAAAGAUUCGGGAAUCGCUCUAUCUCGUCUUUGGGCACCUUAAUAAGAAGCUCAAGGUAUCGCCUUAUCCGCUUCGUCGAACGCUGCCAUUGGUCGAGGCCAUCUCGAGCGAUUUCAACGAGCAAUGCGUCAAGGUGUUGACCGCUCAACGCUUGAUGUAUAUGGACUACGCCUCGUUCGAGAGCACGAUGACUGCGGCGAUGGAGGUGUUUGCGACAUGGGACGAGAACAUCAAGGAGUUCACUAAUGUUGCUCGAGAGGUAAUGCGAAAGCGAAAUGAAAAGUUUAUCCCUGUCAAAAUCAAUUCGGCACACGUCAAGACGCAAGAGAGGGUCGCCUAUCUGCGAGACUUCCGACGGACACACGAGCAACUCAGGGUCAUGACCGGGACUCAAGGUGGUCUCAAAGGCCUCGGCAGCGAGAAUAUGCUCGACGUCAACAUGGAGGAAGAGGUUCGUUCGGCAUACGAAGGUCUGAAGCCCGUGCCUGUUUUGGACACCUCGCUCGAGGGAACUGAAAUUUGGAUCACGGCCGAGAGUACCUACAACGAACGGGUCGCUCGUGUUGAGAACCAAAUCAUCUCUCGCCUGAGAGACCGCUUGGCCACCGCUCGGAACGCCCAUGAAAUGUUCAGGAUCUUUUCCAAGUUCAACUCGCUUUUCGUGCGACCAAAGAUCCGCGGAGCGAUCCAAGAAUACCAGACUCGUCUCAUCGACUCGGUCAAAGAGGACAUCAAGAAGUUGCACCUGAAAUUUACCAGCAACUACCGGAACUCCGAAGCCUUUCACAUGUCUCAAUUACGUGAUCUUCCUCCCGUAGCGAGCGCCAUCAUCUGGGCCAAACAGAUCGAAAAGCAACUUUCAGCCGACAUGAAACGCGUCGAGGACGUAUUGGGAAAGGGCUGGGAAAUGUAUGCGGAGGGAGAAAGGCUCAAGGCGGAGAGCGACUUUUUCCGGAAGAAGCUCAAUACGACCCCCAUCUUCGAUGCAUGGGUACAGGACGUGACCCGACGCGAACAGCGAGUCGGAGGACGUCUGCUAGAAAUCAUCAGGCAACGAAAUGCGCCCAUCCAAGCGAACGGUCAGCCUGCACUGGAGCUUGCCGUCAACUUUGACCCCCAGACUAUCACCCUCUUCAAGGAAGUCCGAAACUUGCUCUGGUUGAACUUUCCGGUUCCGCAUACCAUCAUCAACUAUGCCAAAGAAGCGAAGCGCAUCUACCCGCACGCGGUCAACCUGAUGGAAUCGGUCAGGAUAUACAACCAGCUGGUCGAGGUCAUCGAUGAGAACGAGUCGGUGGGCAUGUUGAUUGCCGAUUACCGUACCAGGGCGCAGGAGCUGAUUGUCAGAGGUCUGGGUAUCCGUUGGGAAACCGUCGCCUAUUCUUACGGAACCCCUCGCACGCCUGCGCCGGGCAACCGAGGAAUGGAAGAAGACGGUUCGAUAACCUUCUUCAGGGAAUUUGCUAGCGUUAUCGCCAUCCUGCAGGAAAAGACGACCGUGGUCAUCGAGGUUGACGAACAAAUUAGCGGCCUUCUAGAGGAGCUAGCCUCCUGUCCGUACGAAAACGACGUCCUCACCAGGAUCAUGAGCACUCUGCAGCAGAUUGCUGAUCGGUUGAACCUGGAAGGAUACACAAAUCUGGAAGAAUGGGUCAACGAGCUCGACGAAAAGGUGAUGAACAUUUUACGAACACGACUUACGAACAAGAUAGACGAAUGGUGCAAAGAUAUAGAAGCGCUGUCGAAGGACCCAAGCUCGGUCGCUCAGCUGCAGGCUAUCGCAGGCACCACCCAUGAGCUUCACAUCAAGAAUCAGGUCAUCUACUUGAACCCGCCUCUAGAGAUGGCUCAAGCAGCUUGGCUGAAACAGUUGCAGCGCUUGAUGGGCGUUGUCUGCGGUCAAGCUCGGAUCAAGAGCGCACGCUACGAGAUGAGCUUGCAGAACGGAGAAACGGCGCUCGAACGCAGAGACUGCUCGGUACUGCUGCCGACUCUCCCCGAUACAGUUCUCGAGCGACCUUUCCGUCUCAUACAAGAAAAGUUGAAUUUUGUGCGAGGAUACGUCGAUCGGUGGCUCCAGAUGCAGGCGCUCUGGGACUUGGAGCAGGAUAUCGUCUACGGCCAUCUAGGUGACUCGCUUCCAAAGUGGUCAAAGAUUCUGACCGAGAUCAAGCAGUCUCGCGCAACAUUCGAUACUACGGAAACGCAGAGAGACUUUGGGCUUUGUGUCAUUGCCUACGCCAAUGUUCAGGGGAAAGUUGCGGCAAAGUACGACUCGUGGCAGCGGGACAUUCUCAACCGGUACGGCAGCAAGCUUGGUGAGCGAAUGAGAGACAUCAACACCAGCCUGUCCAAGGCUAGGCAAGAACUCGAGCGUCAGACGAUCACUGGUUCCUCGACCGCUCAGGCCGUGACCUUCAUCACCUUUGUCCAGGAUCUCAAACGGAAAGUGGGACAAUGGUCGCCGGACGUGACAGCCCUCGAGGAGGGACAGCGAACGCUGGAGAAACAGAGAUAUGCUUUCCCGGACGAUUGGCUCCAUGCAGAUCGUAUCGCUGGCGAAUGGGGAGCGUUCCAUGAGAUCUUGAAACGCAAAGAUGCUACCAUACAAGAACAGCUGGCAGGACUUCGUCUAAAGGUGGCGGCCGAGCACAAGGUCAUACUGGAAAAGAUCUCUGCGUCUCAAGCUGACUGGGAUGCUCACAAACCCAUCCAAGGGGGGAUCAAGCCGGAGGCGGCUAUCAACUCGAUCCAGACUUUCGAGACUAGGGUGUCAAAGUUGAACGAUGAUCACGAGAUGCUCAGAAAGGCGCAAGACGCACUCAACAUUGCCGUCUCCGAGGACAAGCGACUUCAACCCAUUCUCGACGAGAUCAAGGAUCUCCGAGCCGUUUGGCUGGCUUUGUCAGGCGUUGCGACUCAAGUCAACGAAGUACGGGACACGCUAUGGAAUCUGGUCCAGCCUCGGAAGGUCAGACAAACGCUCGACAGCAUCAUCGCUAACAUGCGGGAACUUCCGACACGCAUGCGACAAUACGCAGCUUACGAACACGUGCAUGAGGCUAUUAAGACGCUUUUAAAGUUCAACACUAUAGUGACGGAACUCAAGGGGGAUGCCAUGCGGGAGCGACAUUGGAGACAUCUCUUCCAGAGUCUCCGAGUCUCAUACCCUUACCGGGAAAGCACGCUGACUCUGGGAAACGUCUACGACCUGGAUUUGAAAACCAAUGAAAAGCCAAUCAAGGCUAUCUGCGAACAGGCCCGUGGAGAACGCAACCUUGAAGAAUACCUACGUACCGUGAGGGAUUUCUGGACAGACUUCAACCUCAGUCUGGUCCAAUACCAGAGCAAGUGCCGUCUGAUCAAAGGGUGGGAUGAUCUGUUCAGCGCUUGUAGCGAGCACUUGAACGGGCUCACAGCAAUGAAGUCCUCACCCUACUACCGGGUCUUCGACGAGGAAGCUGCGUCUUGGGACAACAAGCUCAUUGCCAUUCAAACGCUGUUUGACGUCUGGAUCGACGUGCAACGACAGUGGGUCUAUUUAGAAGGCAUCUUCACCAACAACGCCGAUAUCAAGCAGUUAUUGCCAGUGGAAAGCGCACGAUUCGGCAAUAUCGACUCAGAGUUCCUCGCGGCCAUGCGCAAGGUGUACAAAUCCCCGCUCGUCCUCGACGUCCUCGUAAUCCCGGGCAUUCAGAAAACGUUUGAACGCCUCGCAGAAGCACUGGGCAAGAUUCAAAAGGCUUUGGGGGAGUAUCUCGAGCGCGAAAGGUCUACGUUCCCUCGGUUUUACUUCCUUGGAGACGAGGACCUGCUCGAAAUCAUCGGGAACAGCAGCGAUGCAUUGCGUGUGACGAAGCACUUGAAAAAGAUGUUUGCUGGAUUGGCAUCGCUCGAAACUAGUGCUGACGAUACAACGGUCGUCGCGAUGACUUCCCGAGAUGGAGAAACCGUGACACUGUCCAGACCGAUCAUUCUCGCGGAAUAUCGGAAGGUCAACGAUUGGCUGGCUCGGUUGGAAAAAGAGAUGAAGACGACCUUGGCGGAUACGCUGUAUCCCGUCAUGACGGGUCUUGAGGCGCUCUACUCGACAAGCAACACGAUCGAAGGCCACGCAAUCCGCUCAUGGAUCGAAGCGCAUCCGGCCCAACUGGUCAUCCUGGCCAUACAAGCAGCAUGGACCCAGCUUGUUCAAGAUCGCCUUUCCCGAGGCCACACUCUCCAAGCUGUGCUCGAUCUCGUGCAAACGGUUCUGGAAGCAUUGGCAGAUGCCGUUGUGGGGGACCUGAAUUCCAUCACUCGACGUAAAUGCGAACACCUGAUCACCGAGCUCGUCCACCAAAGAGACGUGACCAGGUCCUUGAUUCAGAGCGGUGUUACCUCGGCAAACGACUUUGAAUGGCUUCGUCACAUGCGAUUCUACUUCGACGCCGAUGUCGAGGACCGGCUCAAGUGCUUACAAGUUGAAAUGGCCGAUGCCGUGUUUGAUUACGGUUUCGAAUAUCUCGGAAUUCCCGAUCGCUUGGUCCAAACACCCCUUACCGACAAGUGCUUCUUGACGCUCACCCAAGCGUUACAUACUCAGCUCGGAGGUUCUCCAUUCGGACCCGCAGGAACCGGCAAAACGGAAUCGGUGAAAGCGCUCGGAGUCAGUCUUGGGCGUUUCGUGCUCGUAUUCUGCUGCGACGAAGCUUUCGAUUUCCAGGCCAUGGGCCGUAUCUUUUCGGGAGUAUGUCAAGUGGGCGCGUGGGGUUGCUUUGACGAGUUUAACCGGCUCGACGAGCGUAUGCUCUCGGCGGUUUCGUCCCAAAUUCAAGUCAUCCAGCAGGGGUUGGCAUCGACCAACGGCAAGAGCGUAACCGAGAUCUCCCUGAUAGACAAGAAAGUUCAGCUAGACCCGCAGACAGGUAUCUUUGUCACCAUGAAUCCCGGAUACGCGGGACGAUCUAACCUGCCAGACAACCUGAAAAAACUUUUCAGGAGCGUCGCCAUGUCACAACCUGAUAGAGAGCUGAUCGCUCAGGUCAUGCUGUUCUCACAAGGUUUCCGUCAUGCGGAGGGUCUGGCUUCGAAGAUUGUACCCUUCUUUGAAAUGUGUCGAGAGCAGCUCUCCGCGCAGUCCCAUUACGACUUUGGGUUGCGAGCGCUGAAAUCUGUUUUGCUACGCGCCGGCAUCCUGAUUCGAGAGCACCUCGGGAGUAUAUCGACUCCCGCCUCGUCAGAAACGUCGGAGCAGAGAGAAGUAACCGAGCUCGAGUUGAUGGUGCGAAGUCUUCAAGAGACACUUGUACCUAAGCUUUUGGGUAGCGAUGUGUCGCUUAUUCGAAGCAUCGUCACAGACGUCUUCCCCAAUGUUUCGGGGCGUCAGAGUCCGCUUGAUGAACUAAGGAAAGCGAUCGGGAUCGCAUGCGAUAAGAGACAUUUACAGCAGGACGACUCCUGGAUAGAGAAGGUGAUACAGCUAUACCAGGUCCAACAGAUCUCACACGGAGUGAUGCUCGUGGGACCCUCUGCUAGCGGCAAGAGUGAAUCAUGGCGUGUCCUUCUGGAUGCACUAGGCCAAAUGGACGGGAUUGAAGGCGUAUCAUAUGUGGUCGAUCCCAAAGCCAUUCAGAAGGACGAUCUGUAUGGGGUUCUCGACAACACCACGCGAGAGUGGACGGACGGUCUUUUCACGAGUAUUCUCCGUCGCAUCACAGACGAUGCUCGCGGCGAGAGCGGCAAGCGGCAUUGGAUCGUGUUUGACGGUGAUGUAGAUCCCGAGUGGGUUGAGAAUCUGAACAGCGUCCUAGACGACAACCGACUCCUGACCUUGCCGAACGGAGAACGGCUGUACCUUCCCGGAAAUGUGAGGGUCAUGUUUGAAGUCGACUCGCUGAGGUACGCUACUCCAGCUACCGUCAGUAGAUGCGGCAUGAUUUGGUUCAGCCAAGGACUAGUCACUGCGCAGAUGCUCUGUGCCAAAGCGAUGGAGACUUUGCAGACGACAGUGUUGCCCACAGAUGAGCAGUCCCAAAGUCUGGAUUCGGCCUCGAGCGCUAUGCGUCUACGGACCCAGCAAAUCGUCGCACAGGCCCUUACACCGUCGUUUUUGGUCAACGGACUGGUGUUCAAGGCCUUGUCUUUUGCUGAAACUCUGCCCCAUAUCAUGGAGUUCUCCCCGUCGAGAGCACUGUCGACUCUGUUCUAUGCCAUCAACAAGGCCAUCCGCACCAUUCAAGACUACAACGACAAUCAUGCGGACUUCCCGCUUGCCGACGACCGGAUAGAGCUCUACAUGCGCAAUCGUCUACUACUCGACUUGGUCUGGGCGUUCGUGGGUGACGCCUCAGGAAAGGACCGUGCCAUCUUUGCGCGUUUCUUGCAAGAGGAAACUGGGAUUCAGCUCCCGGUCGACGCAAACGAUCACAACACAUCAGUCAUCGAUUUUGAUGUCGACCUCAAGACUGGUAAUUGGAUCAAUUGGCAAGAACGGGUGCCGACGAUCGAGAUCGAGACGCACGCUGUGACUGCAGCGGACGUUGUCAUCCCAACUAUCGACACCGUCCGACACGAAGAGGUCCUAUAUUCCUGGAUCAUCGAGCGCAAGCCUUUGGUUCUUUGCGGACCUCCAGGCUCUGGGAAGACGAUGACACUGAUGAACGCGUUACGCAAAUUGCCGGAAGUGGAAAUGGCUGGUCUGAACUUCUCGAGCGCCACAAGCCCAGAACUUAUCCUGAAGACCUUUGAGCAAUACUGUGAAUACAAGAAGAACAACAACGGGAUUGUCCUCGCUCCAACCUCGACAACCAAAUGGCUCGUCGUUUUCUGCGACGAGAUCAAUUUGCCGGCCGAAGACCCCUACGGUACACAGCGCGUUAUCUCCUUCAUGCGACAGAUGAUUGAGCACGGUGGAUUCUGGCGGACUUCAGAUCUCUCUUGGGUCAAGCUCGAGCGAAUCCAGUUCGUCGGGGCGUGCAAUCCUCCAACUGAUCCUGGCCGUGUUCCUCUCAGUACGAGGUUCUUGCGACAUGCGCCCGUCCUCAUGGUUGACUACCCUGGAAGUAUCGCUCUCAAGCAGAUCUACGGGACGUUCGCUCGAGCACUCCUCAAGGUCGUUCCCACGCUGCGACGCUUUGCCGAGGCACUGACAGAAGCGAUGGUAGAAGUAUACCAGCUCUCCCAGAGUCACUUUACAGCUGAUCAACAAGCUCACUAUGUCUACUCCCCGCGAGAGCUUUCGCGCUGGGUGAGGGGUAUCUAUGAGGCUCUGAGGCCUCUGGAAAGCUUGGAUCUGGAUGGUCUGGUACGGCUAUGGGCACAUGAGGGACUCCGGUUGUUUCAAGAUCGACUCGUCCAUGAGUACGAAAAGGUCUGGACAGAUCAACUCAUCGACGACGUGGCGCUUCGCCAUUUCCCAACUGUCGACCGCGGACUCGCUCUUCAAAGACCGAUACUAUACUCCAACUGGACGACAAAGGAUUACUUGCCGAUCGCACGGGAGGCUUUGCGAGACUUUGUCAAAGCUCGCUUGAGGGUCUUUUACGAGGAGGAGCUUGACGUGCCUCUGGUUUUGUAUGACGAUAUCCUCGACCACGUACUCAGGAUCGACAGAGUCUUCCGCCAGCCACAAGGACAUGUACUUCUGAUUGGUGUCAGCGGGAGCGGCAAGACGACUCUUUCCCGGUUCGUUGCUUGGAUGAACGGAUUGAGUAUAUUCCAGAUCCAGGUUUCAAAUCGGUACACUGCUGCGGAUUUCGACGAAGAUCUCCGCACGGUGCUCAGACGUGCUGGUUGCAAAGGCGAAAAGAUGUGCUUCAUCAUGGACGAGUCGAAUGCGUUGGACUCGGCAUUCUUGGAACGCAUGAACACCCUCUUGGCUAACGCCGAAAUUCCUGGAUUGUUUGAAGGCGACGAGUUCCAAGCUCUCAUGAACUCUUGCAAGGAAGGAUCGCAGCGAGACGGGCUUAUGCUCGACUCGACGGACGAAUUGUACCGAUGGUUCACGAGCCAGAUCUCCAAGAAUCUGCACGUCGUCUUUACGAUGAACCCGCCAUCCGAUGGUGUCGCAGGCCGCGCAGCUACCUCGCCCGCAUUGUUCAAUCGAUGCGUCUUGAAUUGGUUCGGAAACUGGUCGAACCGCACCCUAUUCCAGGUCGGAACGGAAAUGACUGUUGAAUUGGAUCUAGACAACCCUGAAUACGAUGUCCCAGCUACCCUCGUGCCAUCCAACCCGGACAUGCCCAAGCUGCCGAGUCACCGGGAAGCUGUUGCCAACGCUAUGGUCACGGUGCAUUUGCAAGUCGAGAAAGCCAUGCGCAAUCUGCAAGAUCAAGGCAGAAGCGUUCCGCGCAUUACUCCGAGACAUUUCCUGGAUUUCAUUACUCAAUAUGUCAAGAUCGUGGGAGAGAAGCAAGACGACCUACAAGACCAGCAGCGUCAUAUCAAUACAGGUAUCGACAAAUUGCGCGAGACCGUAACGCAAGUCAGCGAACUGAAAAAGGAGCUUUCCAUCAAGGAAAAGGAAUUGCACGAAAAGAGCGCUGAAGCCAACGCGAAGCUCAAGCAGAUGAUUGCUGAUCAGCAAGAGGCUGAAGCCAAGAAACUCGCUUCUUUGAGUAUUCAGGAGCAGCUGAGCUCUCAAGAGGAGAUCACGAAGCAACGGCAAGCUACAGUCAACGCGGAGCUGGCCGACGUAGAGCCUGCAGUGGCUGAAGCAUCUAACGCCGUGGGCAGCAUCAAGAAGCAACAGCUUGCCGAGUUGCAAAAGCUUCGAGUGCCGCCAGCUGCGAUCGUCAUGGCAGCCGAGGCUACUUGUGCUCUUUUGGGCCAUCAGAACCUUAAAGAUUGGACGGCGAUCGCUGCUAUCGUCCGCCGUGAUGAUUUCGUCUAUAGCAUUCAGCACUUUGACACUUCCAAGGUGGACGCGGCACUCUGCCGUCGUCUCCAAAGGGACUAUCUGAGCAGGGAAGACUUCACGUUCGAAGUGGUCAAUCGAGCUAAUAAAGCCAUGGGACCAUUGGCUCUUUGGGUCAUGGCCCAGGUCAAGUAUGCGACGAUCCUUGACCGGAUUGAGCCCCUCAGGCAAGAAGUCGAUGAGCUUGAACAUAAGGCCUACACUUUCAAGGAACAGGCUAAAGCCGUGCAGGAGAUACUCGAGAAACUCGAAGGCAGUAUCGCGACGUAUAAGGAUGAAUACGCUGCCCUUGUCAGCGAAACGCAGGCUAUCAGGACGGAAAUGAAGAAGGUACAAGAAAAAGUCGACCGCAGCUCCACCUUGCUAGCGAGCCUGUCACAGGAAGAGACGCGAUGGAGUCGCGAUAGUGCAGAAUUCGCUCAAGAGAUGACGACUCUGAUUGGAGACGCGUUGCUCUCAGCCGGCUUUCUCACCUAUCUCGGAUACUUCGAUCAAAGGCAUAGGAGGAGUCUUUGGAACGAAAUGCUUGAUCACCUCGUCGCUUCCAAUAUCGCAGCUAAACCUGAUCUCGCUCUGCCGGAAUAUCUUGCCACAGCCGAUGAUCGCGCGAAGUGGAUCGCUGCGGGACUACCGGUCGAUGACCUCGCGACCGAAAAUGCGAUGAUGAUACAGCGGUUCAACCGGUUCCCUCUGCUGAUCGAUCCUACGGGCCAAGCCUCUGGAUUCCUGACUAACCUCUAUCGCGAGAAAAAGGUCAUGUCCACCAGUUUCAUCGAUGCUUCGUUCGUCAAGAAUCUGGAGAGCGCUCUGCGUUUCGGGAGCCCGUUACUCGUUCACGACGUGGAAAACCUCGACCCGGUACUGAACUCUGUACUUAACCGCGAGGUGCGGAGAAGCGGAGGACGAAACCUCAUCCGGAUCGGAAACCAAGAUAUCGAUUUGUCGCCUGCAUUCACUCUAUUUUUGGCGACGCGCGAUCCCCUCAUCGCCAUACCGCCCGAUCUGAGCAGCCGAGUGACCGUAGUCAACUUUACCAUGACACGUGGUAGUCUGGAAAGCCAGUCACUCGAUAAAAUUCUGAAGGCAGAGAGGCCCGAUACCGAAAAUCGUAGAACCAAUCUGAUCAAGGCUCAGGGCGAAUUCCGAUUGCGUCUCCGACACUUGGAGAAGAUGCUGCUGAACGCGCUCAACGAGUCGAGCGGCAGCAUUCUGGAGAACGACAAGCUUAUCGCCACUCUCGAGGGUCUGAAGCGAGAAGCUGCUGACAUUUCGCAAAAGAUGCUCGAGACAGAGUCAAUCGCGUCGGAGAUCGAACAAGUCACCAAGGACUACAAACCCAUCGCGCGAUCCGCAAGCGCGAUUUACUUCCUCCUCGAGCGUCUUGGCGACUUGAACCAUUUCUAUCGGUUCUCGCUCGACUUCUUCUUGGAUUUGUUCGACGACGUUCUGCUCAGGAACCCUCGCUUGCAAGGUGUAAAGGAUCUCGCACAACGCCAAGAAAUCAUCACCCAGGAUCUUUUCUCGCUUUCGUACGAGCGUGUCGCUCGGACGCUUUUACAGGACGAUCACGUCCUGCUCAGUCUCGCUCUGGCGCAGAUGCUACCCCUCCAGCAAGAUCAGCAACAAGCGAAGAGUCUCUUGCAAAGCAUGACCAGAACAACCGGACCGAGCGAUGUUCCCAUGCCGUCAUUGCUCGAAACGGUCGAGCAGCAACAAGUGCUGUCUCUGGUGUCAGAACCGAAGCAAUUGUCUGCAUCGAUGUCAUCCGAUCCCGGGGCAUGGCAAAAAGCUUUGGCGGAAACCCAGCCGGAGGUUACGGUACCGACUUUGAUCUCCGGUAUUUGCACUGAGCCUAUUGCGAGCGCGGCACUCGUCGCAACGAUCAUGAGCUGCCUUCGCCCAGAUCGAUUCAUCGCCUCGUCUGCUGCUCUAACGAAGGUCGCCUUUGCUGCGCCUUUGCAGACAGUGGACUCAGGCAGAGCGCUAGAGGACUACGUCGACGCCGCGAAUGCAUCUACGACUCCAAUUGUCCUGUGCUCUGUCCCCGGGUAUGAUGCGAGCUUCCGGGUGGACGCUCUCGCCGCCAGCCGGAAGCAUGAUUGUGCUUCUAUUGCCAUGGGCUCUUCCGAGGGAACUCGUCUCGCUGAUCAGGCAAUCAGCCACGCCGCCAGAACGGGAAGUUGGGUACUUCUCAAGAACGUACAUCUGGCCCCCGAGUGGCUCUCUAGCCUUGAAAAGAGGCUCCGAACGAUCCACGCCGACAAACGCUUCCGGCUAUUCCUUACGAUGGAGACUAGCCCGAAGAUUCCGGUCAGCAUCUUGCUCCAAUCGCGCAUUAUCAUGAACGAACCCGCUCCGGGGGUCAGGGCUAGCGUCUUGGAGUCGCUCCAAGGCUUCGAAGCGCUAGACAACGAUGCUGGACCAGCAGAAGCGACCAGGCUAUAUUUCCUCUUGGCUUGGUUCCACGCUGUCGUCCAGGAGCGAUCCCGAUACAAUCCGCUCGGAUGGAGCUCGGCGUACGACUUCAACGACGCUGAUCUCUCCGCCGCUGCCGGAACCAUGAGAAGGUGGUUGUCCGGCGUCGCUCGAGGGCGCAGCAACAUUGAUCCUGCCCAGAUCCCCUGGAUCGCCCUGCGCUCGCUACUCAAUGUCAGCAUUUACGGUGGUAGAGUCGACUCAACUUUCGACCAGCAGAUUCUCAACAGCUUCUCCCUCUCGCUCUUCCACGCUGGAGCUUUCGAAUCUGACUUCAAGCUGGUUGAUGAUGAGAAUCCAGAUCUAGCCUUGAAGAUGCCGGAUGCUCUCACGCUUGCCAGUUUCAAGAAGUGGGCUCACGACUUGCCAGAGGAGAACCCUCAUUCCUGGUUGGGACUGCCAGCAGAAAGCGAAAGGGUUUUGCUCGAAGCCAAAGGUCGGCGAAUCAUGACCAGGUUGCGAGCUCUACGAGAACCGGAAGAAGUUGAUGUCGCCGUGAGUAGCUCAUCCUCUCAGGACGCAGGCGGUCGUCCGGAAUGGAUGCAACAACUCGGAGCCAGCUGUACGCAGCAACUUGGAGCUCUGCCCAAGUCUCUCCCAGCGACCCAAGACAACAAGAGCUCGGACCCGAUUGCGGUCGCCUUCGCUCGGGAAGCCGAGCAAGGCCGAAAGUUGCUCGGCACCAUCAGGGAGGAUCUGCAAAACACGGCUUCGUACCUGGCAGGCGAUAUCAAGCCUACCAAUCAUAUCACCCGACUGGUUCAAGCGAUGCGUCGAGGCGAAAUUCCAAGCAACUGGAAGCGUUACACUGUCCGAAGAGAUCUAUCGCUUGUUCAGUGGUUGUCCGACUUUGCAAAGCGGCUCGCCCAGUUGCAAGCCUUCCUGGAAGGCUCGCUCGAAUCUGUCGAUAUCGGGUUGCUCUUCCAUCCUUCAGCAUACAUUACUGCAACCCGUCAAUCAACUGCCCAAAAGAAUGGCUGGUCGCUCGAGACCCUCUUCAUGGAGAUUGAUCUUGGCUCAACCGACUCCACUAGAGGUUAUGUCGUGACAGGCUUGCAAAUCGAGGGGGGUCAGGUCGAGAAUGGUGGUCUAUCGCUCAAUGAAGGCGGGACAUCGUUGGUCGGUGCUUCUACCAUCAGAUGGCAACAAAAGGCAUCCGACACCAGGUCAGGUCGUGCAGAUAACUCGACCGUCGAUCUGCCCAUGUACGUCAACGGCGAGAGGCAAGCGCUUCUGGCGACGAUCAAGGUCGGCUUGGUCGACGAUUUGACUCGCGUCAAAGUCGUUCAGCGUGGUUGUUGCCUCAAGACGUCGAUGUGAUUCGGUACUGGGAGUCUAUAGAUAGCAUGUAACCGGGAUGCCUAUACAUUUACAGAGAUCUUGUGCUUUCGAGACCGGUUGCCAUAAAGGUCAUGUUCCAGAAAGUCAUUUCGGGUUUGCCCGAUAUCAAGAUGGCGUCAUCCCGCUCGCAGCCAUGACCUCGGGCCGCCGUGCCGUCAGAGACCUCAAUCUUCGUCUCUACAAGACCUCUU